AUGGGAGAAAAAGAAGAGGCCAGAGCUCAUCUGACGUCAAGCGAGACGAGACGAGACGAGACGUCUUUACCUCCCAGAAGACUCGGGAAAACUGUUGCGUUGAUUGUCAUGCCCGACUCCAAGCACGGAUUGAAAAGCCCGGCAGCCUCUACAUGUUCACAGGCCUCAGCUUCAUUCGUCGAAACCCAGUUUUUCUACAUACCUCAGCCCCAUUGUCUGUCCGUCGGAGUGGGCACGUGUAGUCGUGAAAUGGCGCAGCCAAACUGGACAAAAGUGGGGCUUUCUGCAUUUUUGCUGCGUCCAGACACACACUUUCCGGGUUUUUCGCUAUCGCUCCGGCGUGAAUUUGGCACAAGUCCGGCCUCCGUUUCACCUCCACUCCACACGGAUUCCCCAUCAACACACAACGGACUGGGCGCUCAUUACGCAGCACACUAA